GUUUCUCAAGGGAUUGAAAAAUGAUCGAUCCUUCAAAGUACGUUGCCAUUGAUUGCGAGAUGGUGGGGCUUGGACCCAAUGGCUUUGAGAGUGGCCUGGCACGGUGCAGCAUUGUGGACUACAGUGGGACUGUAAUCUAUGACAAAUUUAUUAAACCAGAUGGGAAGAUAACUGAUUUCAGGACCCCUGUGAGUGGGAUUCGUCCAUUAGAUAUGGAUACAGCUUUGCCUUAUCCUAUCGCCAGGGAGGAGAUUUUGAAGAUUAUACAAGGGAAAAUUAUUGUGGGCCACGAUCCUAGAUCUGACUUCCGGGUCCUGAAAACGGACAUCUCAGAUUAUGCCAUACGGGACACGUCUUCGUGCAAGUUACUGAUCAUGAAAGCAAGACUGAAAACCGACAGACGGGCCUCGUUAAAAAGCCUCUGCCAGAACUUACUGGGGAAAAGGAUACAGGACAGCUACAGAGGACACUCCUCUGUCGAAGAUGCGAGUGCGGCUAUGGAACUUUUUAAACUCGUGGAUAUAGUGUGGGAACUGCACCUCCGUGAGGGACGCAGAGUGGAAAUAGUGAACCGAUUUGAGAAUCGAAACAGAUAUCAGUGAAUAAAACAGCAUUGCCAGAUUACGGAAAGGAACUCUGAUUUUCGUGUAUCACAACGAAUGUGGAAUGGUGUCUGCUGUUAACUCAAGAUCAACAAGCUGCAUUGCAUUGUUUCAUUUUUCUCUGCUUACAUUUUCUGUUGCUUCCUUCCUGAAUCGCAGUCUUAGUCUCCACAUUCAAAUGGCUUGCUGUGUUUGACCCCAGACUAUUAGCCUGCUGACAGGCAGGGCUGGAAGGGUGGGGACUGCUUCACAGUUGAUCCCAACAUCUCUACCCCUUUAGAAUCCUGCAUUCUCUUCAGGAGCCACUGGGAGGCGAUCAGGAACUUGAACCCUGACUGAUUAUUGAUCCAGGCCCUCAGCCCUCCUGUCUUUAGCUCAGGGAUUUGGGGCAAUUGUAAUGACUUUACUUGUGUCCUCGUUACUGUGGAUUAAACAUGGACCAGGGUGGUGUUGGGGAGGAGGGUGGGCGAAAGGUGAAGAGAGAGAGAAGGAUGGUGGACUUUUGUUCUGUCCAACACAAUACAUCACAUUCGGUAGUUCAUUCACUCACUGAGGCAUGGAGGAUGUUUUAAUGCAGCUGCUCCUGAAUAGAUUACAAGAGCUCUUAUUAGAUCUGUUCUUAAAGACUUGUAUGUGUGUGUGUGAAUUUUGUGCUUCAUGGGAUGAGGGGAAAUGUCAUGCUGGUAAAGGAUACAUUUAUCCAUCUGAAGCACCUUUAUCAGAAACAAGCACUUCCUAGGCCAAGGUUAUGUCAAUUUAACAUCGACUUGUUUUGAAGCAACUCCACUCUGUCACGCUGGAUUGUUUACGCACUCAUUGUUGGACAAUAUUUAUUAAUUCGACAAAAGUCUUUUGCCAUCGUAUAUAAAAUUACAUCGGAUAAACAGCACAGAAACAAGGAAUUCAUUCCAUCCUAUCUGUGCUGCACCCCACACUGAGCCAUUUGUCCACAU